AUGGUUGGUGUCAAAGGAGCACCAACAGCUAUGCUUGUGUCACCAAAACCAAGGUUUUUAGAAUCGGAUCGGUUAGCGAACCGAUUAUGUUAUCGAUUCACUGGACGUUGGAGUUUGGACUAUGGUCUUGUGUUCAAAGCUUCUAAUGUUGAACCUGGGGUAACAGUCUUUGCUGAUGCAAACUGGGCAAGCAAUGUUGGUGAUAAGAGGUCUGUUUUAGGGUUUUGCGUAUACUUUCAAGGCAAUCUUGUCGCAUGGAGUUUUAAGCGUCAAAAAUCAGCUUCUUGUUUCACGACAGAAAUAGAGUAUCGUGGCAUAAUAGAUGUAGAAUCCGAGAUUGUUUGGUUGAAAGUCUUGUUAGUUGAUAUGAAUGUAUCUUUGUGCGAGUCACCAGUGAUUUGGAUCGAUAAUACCAGUGUUGUCACUGAGUGCUAA